AGGGCCUCAAUGUGCUGUACAAAAAUGACCGAAUCGGAUCAACAAUCUAGGUGUUUAUCCGGAAUCGUCAUUCUCUAGGGUAAUGUUAGAAUUAGCCUUAUGCUGAAGAGAUACCCUUCAGACCUCCGUCUAUAUAUUCCCGUCCGUCCUGAUGUUUUUACAACACUCGCCACCAAUUUUACCAACGAAAAAUAUCUCAUCCACAAAAUCUGUCUGGAUGGGUUCCAUUCAUCAAAUCAACGGAUACAUUGAACAAAUCAACGCAGCUAAACCCAAAAGGCCCUUUUGUGAGAGGUGCUGCAAACCUGCAGUUGUAUGUAUCUGCAAUCGCAUUCAGAAACAGGUAGAAAAUGUAACAGCAAUCACCAUUCUACAGCACACGGAUGAAAGAAAACACCCGUGUGGCUCUGUUCGGGUUGCCUCGCUGGGCCUUAAAAACCUGGAGAUAAUCUCCGUUCGCGACCUCGAACUCGAAACCUCACAUAGGGUGAAGCCAAAGGUCCCUGGUUCGAAACGCAGCAUUGCGCGUAGGAUAGGUAGAAAGGGUUUGAUCGCACAAAACAAUGGGGAUUCACAACCUGGACAAGACCCAGCUGAUAAGAUGUGCAGCCAAGGCCCGGGUUCGAAUCCCAAGGACCAAAACCUUUGUAUUCCUGAGUGGGUCUGUCUUCCAUCGGGCUCUGCGCUUCUUUUCCCGAGCGAGAAUGCGGUAGAUCUUCUGCCCGGUUUCGCGGACUUUGAGGUUAAGCAUUUGGUGGUUUUGGACGGGACAUGGGGCAAGGCGAGGCGGAUUUAUUAUGAGAAUCCGUGGUUGAGGUUGUUGCCUCAUUUCAGGCUGCCGCUGAAAUGGCCGAGCAUUUAUUCUGAGGUUCGCCGUGAGCCUAAGCCGGGGUGUUUGUCCACCAUUGAGAGCAUUGUCUAUGCGCUAAAGAUACUUGAGCCUGGAACUGAUGGAUUGGAUUCUCUUCUUCAAGUUUUUGCUUCCAUGGUGAAGGAUCAGAGGCGUUGCAAGGAGGAGAGGUUGCAGAAAUUGGGGGAAGAAGAAGCUUGAAGUUGUUGCUUUCUUAAUGUCCUUCUAAAGAUUAAAUUAUUGAUAUCAUUAGUUACAAACUAUGAACUAAUCCAAUAUCUUUAUAAUGGUGCCUCUCUGGGAUUGAAAUAUUAGGUUUUGCUAUUGCUGUAGAUUCAUGAAAUCAUUUUUAUCGGUUAGGUUGUGUUUUAAAAAUUGGCGUUGUGAAAUUUUUUAGUGUAAGGAAUGGCAUGGUAUUAUUAAUGCUUCAUAAGGUGUGCCCUAGCCAGAUAUUGCUGGUGCGGAAGGAUUUGGGAUUAUAGUCUUUACUGUUCCAGAACAGGGGUUUAGGGUUUAUUAGAUUAAUACAAUUCGUUACGUUGUGUUUCCUCAUUGUUGACGGGUUUUUAAUCGUGAAAAAAUAAGGAUUUUGAAGUAAUUCAAUGGAUUCGACGUACCAGACUAAUGUUAUUAUUGGUGCAAAAUGUUUACCCUUGACAGAUAUUUCUGCUGUAAAGGUUUAUGACAUCAGAUUUCCUCGAGGGAUUGAGGCUACAAUCAUAAUGGUUUUUGCCUAAUGCAUUUUUCUCUCAGUGCAUUAGGCAAGUCAUACGGAUGCGUUCUUUCUCAAGUUUUUGAUUGAACAAUGUGGCCCGGUUGAUGUGAAGAACCGGACAGUGAAAUGCCAUAUGGAUUUGGGUGGCUCAAGGGAUUGAAGUUUAUGCAGAUUGUGCUUGAGCAGUGUUCCAAUUAUUUGUAAUAAUGAUGUACCAGAGCUUAAUAUUUGGGCUUUGCCCCUUUCUGACAAGGGGUUUGAGCUUUGUUAAAUUAAUGAAAGCAGUAUUACUACUUUGAGCCAUUGCCGGCAAGAAGCUUAAUUUGGGAGAAAAAUAGAUUUGUGGCAUCAUUCAUUGUAACCUAUUGACUGACCCAGAUUAUUUUGAUAAUGGCUUGAAAGAUGUUAGGUUUUAUCCCAUUGCUGACCAGGAUUUUAACUGGGAUAAUAUUGGUUUGGUCCAUAUCUGUCAAGGGCAUUUUACCUGAAGAUAACAGAUUUGUCAAAUCAUCUAUAUAAUCUGUGCGCCGAGCCAGCUUUAUUUUUGUGAUGA